AUGGUGGGUCUCCGUGUGGUGCUGCUGCUCUUCCUCUUGUUGGCUGCUAUGGUCGUCAAGGUGUUUGCCAUCGAUCUGGCUCUCCUCUUCCGUGGAGUUUUCAAACACUAUGGUCGAUCUGAGGGUAAGAACCUCUAGUCCACAGACUGAUGUUUACUAAUGCUAUUUCACUUACAUACUGUAUUUCAUUGUACAGAAAUGCUAAUUCAGUCUACAUUAUCGGUAUAGUAUUUGGGUACCAUAUAAACAUGUCCUUACAUGUAAUUCUUUGUCACACCACACAGGGGCACUCUAACACUGGUCUGGAAAGGAGACCAUUUGUUAAUGCAAUAUUCGCUCAGAAAUUGUGCAAUGGGUUUGAUUGUCUCUCUCUCCCAAAAAAAGUAUCUCGGGGGGCUGUGCAUGUGGAUGUUUGAGUGAGAAAGACACAGAGGAGAGCCAACCAGUAAAAGCACAUUAUCGUCACAUUGUGCCGACAACAUCAAAGAGCCAUUCCAGACUUUGAAGUCAGGAGGACUUCGAGAGUUAGGUGUUAGCCAGACUAGUCUGCAGUAGCCUAUGUCUAGUCUGCUCUUCUCCGCAGGUCCCGUCUGGGGUCAAUCCCAAUACUAGUGUAGAACAAAUGGGCCAUUUAUAAUAAAAUAACUCAUUAUCAGUUCAAAUAGAAUUUAAUCAAAUCUCUAGAAUCCACCUUUUUCAUGGCGAGGUUUGACGGAAACAUCCUCUUUGUCUGUUUUCAGAAGGGAAGGUCUAUGAUGCAUGUGUUGUCUACCAAAUGGAUGGUGUAGACAAAGGCAUGCAGGAGAAAGUGUGUCACUUUGUGAGCAGCGUUCUGCCCACUGUCCUGGAGCGGACGUGCUUUAGACUCUUCAUCCAUGGAAGAGAUUACUUACCUAGAGAAGUUUGGUUAUUUCAGACAGUGCCCUGA